GCAUCAGCAGCAGACUAGCAGUAGUAGUAGUAGUAGAAGAAACUCCUGGGGCUGCAAAGGGUCCAUGAUCUACCCAGAUUGGUCAAUCUGAUAACUUCACUGAAGUGUCUCUCCUCUUUGGAACUCAUUUGCUCAAAAUUAACAUCCACGGUUCGAGCAUGGGAUUACAUUUUUCAUGUUUUUUUGAAAGACAAUUGAGCAUAAUGGAUUUAUUGGAGUGAAAUUUGACUUUGAUGAGGUUCUGAUUGUCCUCACGAUGGCUUAUCCAGAGCACUUUGAUUUUCUGAAAGAAACUGUGCAUUUUUGGCCAGGUUUGCCAGGGUUUUCCAGCAUGUUUGGGAAAAAGAAGAAACGGCUGGAGAUCUCAGCUCCGUCUAACUUUGAGCACCGGGUCCACACGGGCUUCGACCCGCGGGAGCAGAAGUUCACAGGGCUUCCACAGCAAUGGCAGAGCCUCCUGGCGGACACUGCCAACAGACCUAAACCCAUGGUGGACCCCUCCUACAUCACCCCCAUCCAGCUGGCACCAAUGAAGAUAUCUCCCAAGAAAGUCCGGUCGUCCGAAACGCCGUUGCCCAAAACGAUCGUUCGAGGGAACCGGCCUCCCAAAGACGCGUCUAUCAACGGCCUGCUGGAGGAGUUUGACAACAUCUCAGUGACGCGCUCCAACUCCCUGCGUAAAGAGAGCCCACCAGGCCCCCAUCAAGCAGGAACCAGCUCCAAACCCUCCAUCAGCGGUCAUCCGAACGCCCCAGAGGAGAAUGGAUUCAACCACUACUACUCUCGCUACUCCUGUGACCUCGACAGCUCCAGCAGGGACUUCUCUCUCGAUCCCAGCAGGCCCAACUUCUCCAUGGAUGGGGAGUGGGCUGUUGGGAGGCAUUAUCGGUUCACCAAGCAGAAUGGUCACUCACACACCAUCCGCAGCCCCUUCUACCCGGACGCCAUGCCCCAAAAAUCAGACUAUGGCAAGCUUCCCCCAGACUACCACACCUACCUGGAGAGCAAAGGACGCUCAGCAGACGAGGUGGCCUCCACGGUGGGGAGCGGGGUGGGCUCCAGCGGCUACUACCGGGCUUCUGUGGGUGGCUCGUCCAGUCAGGACUACAGGGACACUUCGGUAGGAACGCCUUCUCGAGCCUCGCUUCACAGCGAGCAGAUUAACUACCCGGACAGUGAGUGGAGCUACGGCGGCUUGGGAGAAUACGACAAGCGGCCCAAGAGUUCUUAUGUGACGCAGACCAGCCCCACGCCAGCUAUCAGGCAGAGGUCUCGGUCAGGUUCUGGACUGCAGGAGCCAAAUGUUCCCUACGCCGCCAGCGGGGCAUUCAAGAACCCCCCACAGGCCCAUCCGUACAGCUCCUACACCUACCCCCGCCUGUCGGAGAGUCUUGGUAACUCACAGACCUUAACCAAGGGCGACUAUGAGCGUCCGUUACGUGAUGGCAGCCCUCAGGUUACGGGCGGUGAAACCUACCCCAGAGGGCCUCUUAAGCAGACUCUGAGUCACCCCAAGCCGCCUGGUUACCCCCCAGCACACCUGCCCUACCCUCCUGUGUUUCACCAUUACAAACCUUCACCGUACCACCAUCCCCCCUCUCAGCCCAGCCCGCCGUACACCCCUCAGGGGGCCUACUCACAGCCUUCAUCACCCUACAUACCCCCGGGGGCAUACCCGCCUCCUUCCUGGGGGUCCAGCUCUGACACUCAACCUUCCAGAGUCUCCCAUGAGCAGUUCAGAGCCGCACUUCAACUAGUCGUAAACCCAGGUGACCCUCGAGAAUACCUGGACAGCUUUAUUAAAAUUGGGGAAGGCUCCACGGGUAUCGUGUGCAUCGCAAGCGAGAAACACAGCGGCAAGCAGGUGGCCGUGAAGAAGAUGGACCUGAGGAAACAGCAGAGGAGAGAGCUGCUCUUUAAUGAGGUGGUGAUCAUGAGGGACUACCAUCAUGAGAAUGUCGUUGACAUGUACAACAGCUACCUGGUGGGAGACGAGUUGUGGGUUGUCAUGGAGUUUCUGGAGGGCGGGGCUCUCACAGACAUCGUGACUCACACCAGGAUGAAUGAGGAGCAGAUAGCUACAGUGUGUCUCUCGGUGCUGAGGGCUUUGUCCUACCUGCACAACCAGGGCGUCAUCCACCGUGACAUCAAGAGCGACUCCAUCCUGCUGACCAGUGAUGGCAGGAUCAAACUUUCAGACUUCGGCUUUUGCGCCCAAGUUUCCAAAGAGGUGCCCAAGAGGAAGUCCCUCGUGGGGACGCCCUACUGGAUGGCGCCGGAGGUCAUUUCUAGACUACCUUACGGCACCGAGGUGGAUAUCUGGUCUCUAGGCAUCAUGGUGAUCGAGAUGGUGGACGGAGAACCCCCGUACUUCAACGAACCCCCUCUGCAGGCCAUGAGGAGGAUACGAGACAACCUACCCCCGCGGCUAAAAGAGUCACACAAGGUUUCCUCGGUGCUGCGCUCCUUCCUCGACCUCAUGCUGGUGAGGGAGCCGUCUCAGAGAGCCACAGCUCAGGAACUCCUCCAGCACCCCUUCCUCAAGCUGUCUGGACCUCCUUCCUGCAUCGUCCCCCUCAUGAGACACUAUCGCCACCGCUGACCUUCCGGCCCCAGAACUGCCCUCCUCUACACUAAAAAAAAAAAACACACACAUACACACACAACCAGGGUGUCAGUGCCCUCACCCAGCCAAAACACCCCACUGCUCGGUGGCAAGACACUAACACUCUCACUUGUAACCGUGACGUAGAUUAGCUAGAGGAAUAUCUAAAUAAACAUUUAAAAGAACACAGGAUGGAGAAAAGAAGAAAAAAAAGUCUACCAUUUUGAAACUUAGAACUGGAGAAGAGGAGUGGACUCUGACAGAGGAACUAUCCAGAUGUCCAGUAGAAACAUCCUGCUGCAGUCCUUUUUCUUCCUACACUGAGUCUUCAGCUAUAUGUAGACUUGUAGUAGCCAGUAGCAGGAGCGUCAGAGCCGAGGAAGGUGAUGCAAACUGCUGACAAGGUGGAGGGACCCUGGAGCAUUGCACUGUGUUUCAGACCAGAGCAGCAGAUUGCAGAACAAUCAGCACAGAGGUUUUUUUGGGUUUUUUUCAACUCAAAAUGAGGUGUCGUCUGUCCACCUGAAGGGCGGGCUGCUGCACCGCUAGUCGAACGGAGAUGAGCUUUCUCUCUUCUCACAAACUAACAGUGAAAAUGUAUUUUAGAGAAACUUGUAAGUUUUUCUGUACAGUUUUGAUAAUUUGCAGUAUUUUAUCGUGUCGUAACCAUUGUGAUAUGAGCAGUAUUAAAUAGAGUUUCUGCAGAGA